GUCUUUGUUAUUACCCAUGUCUCCUCUGAAAUGUAUGACCUGCUCUGGCCUUGCCGUGCAGCGUGUGGCUAGUGCUCAGUUUGCACUCUGGGGAUCAUUUUAAAGGGGACCAAGUCUGUUUUUUCCGUCCGAUAAAUUCACUACUUCACCGGGUUUGAUACAGCUCCAGUGCAGGCACAAUGUUGAAAUGUAGAGCUGUCUGGAGGAAGCUAGCACCUCUCGCUAGAUCCGCAUCUACACAGUGCCGGCAUAAUGUGAAAACAGCAUUGAACAAUGGCAGAAGACAGGCUUUUGUACCUGCGACACACAUGUCCACAGGGCCAGCAGGAGGUGGAGGCAGUGAAAAUACUCUGUAUGUGGUGCUGGUUGGAGCAGCCUGUCUAGGAGGUGGUGCCUACGCCUACAUGACAGUAAGAGGUGACAGUAAAAGGUACGAAGAACGUAUUUCAGAACUUGCAUCCAGAUCAGCAAAAGAAGCCCCGGAAUCACAACCUCCAGUUGCCCCAGAGCCAGAGGAAGCUGCCCCCACGAGUGAGGAGUCCGCUCCUGUUGCUGAACUUUCUGGUGAAACAGAGUCAGCCUCAGCAGAAGAGCCUGUGACAGAGGUCCCCGCAGAACCAGCUGCUCCUGUUGUAGAGGAGGAGCUACCUGCUCCCUCUGAGCUGGAGGCCACACACUCAGAGCCUCCUCCGGCUCCUCUGGAAAGUGCAGAAGAACCAGUCACAGAGACCCCUCCAGAGGCAGCAGAACAAGCUGCUCCUGUUUUAGCGGAGGCAGAACCUGUUGCAGAGGUCCCCCCAGAGGCAGUAGAAGAGGCUCCUCCUGUAGUAGAGGAGGCUCCCCCUGAGCCACAAGCUGAAGUUUUAGAGGCUCUUCCAGCUGUUGUAGAGAGUGCUGCUGAAGAGCCUGUGACCGAAGCCCCUCCCGCUGCUGAACCUGAAACAGUUCAAGAGGCCCCAACUGAACCUGCAGUCACGAGCCUCCCUGAGUCUGCACCUGCACCAGAGCCCGUAUCAGCCCCGCUCACACUCCCCUCACAUGCCCCCUACCUUCUUAUCGGUGGUGGUACCGCCUCUUUUGCUGCUGCCCGCUCAAUUCGCGCCAGAGAUCCAGGUGCAAAGGUACUGAUUGUGACUGAUGAGCCCAACCUCCCGUACAUGAGACCACCUUUAUCCAAAGAGCUGUGGUUUUCGGAUGACCCCAGUGUGACAGAAACGCUGCGCUUCAAACAGUGGAAUGGAAAAGAGAGAAGCAUCUACUUCCAGCCGUCUUCAUUUUAUGUCAAGCCUGAAGAGCUGACCAGUGCAGAAAAUGGAGGAGUCGCUGUGCUUACAGGGAAAAAGGUUAUCCAAAUGGACGUGAGAGGAAACAAAGUAAAACUUGAUGACGAUACUGAAAUCUCAUAUGACAAAUGCUUGAUUGGCACAGGUGGUGUACCAAGAAAUCUGCAGGUCAUUGAAAAAGCAGGAGAUGAGGUGAUGAACAGGACAACUCUAUUCCGCAAGAUUGAGGAUUUUAAAUCUUUGGACAAUGUCUCCAGAAACGUCAAAUCUAUUACAAUAAUUGGUGGAGGCUUCUUGGGCAGUGAACUGGCCUGUGCCCUAGGUCGACGAUCAUCAGAGACUGGCCUUGAGGUCAUCCAGAUGUUCCCAGAGAAAGGCAACAUGGGAAAAGUGCUGCCGGAGUAUCUGAGCAACUGGACCACUGAGAAAGUCAAGAAAGAGGGUGUAAGAAUAGUCCCAGAGGCUUUGGUCAAAUCUGUGGCUUUUAAAGAAGAUAAAUUAGAAAUCCUGUUGAAGGAUGGACGUCAGGUGAAGACGGAUCACAUAGUUGCAGCUGUUGGACUGGAGCCCAAUGUUGACCUUGCCAAGUCAGCCGGUCUGGAGGUGGACUCUGACUUUGGGGGAUAUAGGGUCAAUGCAGAACUGCAGGCUAGAUCAAAUAUUUGGGUGGCUGGAGACGCUGCGUGCUUCUAUGACAUUCGACUGGGCCGCAGGCGGGUGGAGCACCAUGACCACGCGGUUGUGAGUGGACGUCUGGCCGGAGAGAACAUGACCGGGGCGAACAAACCCUACUGGCAUCAGUCUAUGUUCUGGAGCGACCUCGGCCCAGAUGUUGGCUAUGAAGCCAUUGGGAUUGUUGACAGCAGUUUACCAACAGUGGGAGUAUUUGCCAAAGCAACCUCAAAGGACACACCUAAAGCAGCUACAGAGCAGUCGGGAACUGGGAUCCGCUCUGAAAGUGAAACUGAGGCAACAGCCGUCACUCCUGUAGCCUCGUCCACACCAGCUCCUGUCAUGGAGCACAAGGACGAAUAUGGCAAAGGAGUCAUCUUCUAUCUGAGGGACAAAGUGGUGGUGGGGAUCAUUCUGUGGAAUGUCUUCAAUCGGAUGCCCAUCGCCCGAAAGAUAAUCAAGGAUGGAGAGGAACAUGCAGAUCUGAACGAAGUGGCCAAGCUAUUCAACAUUCAUGAGGAUUAAGUAAACCACUUACUGUAAAGGCUGAUCAACAUUUAAGAAUCAUUGUAAAUUAUUUCAUGUCGCUAAAGUAUUUUCAUAUUUGAAAUUUCUAUUUGCUGCACCAUUAUACGUUUAAUUUUUCCAAUGUUUCAUCUCAUUGUAUCCGCCUUAGGUUUUGCUUUUUAUUAUGGUGUGAUUGUGUCCACUGAAUAAAUAUGUUCAGCAUGAAUUUUUUUCUGUGAGCCAAGCAGCUUGUCAUGUACAAUUCUGCAAUAAAGUGUAUUUUUAAAUUUAA